AUGUCCAUAGAAAAAAGGCCGCUGGAGCCUGCUUCAGAAUCCACAAAGAAGCCAAAGCUUAUAACUGAAUUCUUUGCUCAGGCCAACAACAAGCCGACGCGUAAGCCGAAAGUUUCGAAGACUGAAGUUACGGUAAAAGCCGAUCUCGAGAAAGAUGAGUUAAAGCAAAAAGCAGAAGUCGUGAAGGAGGAAAUCACCUUGACUGCUCAAUCAGAAAAUGGCAAACAUAUAGAAGCUCCUGCAAAAAGUGAUCUUAAAACAGACCAACCUGACUAUACUGCCUUCCUCGAGGAGGCCGGUUUCAACAAAGAUGAAUGGAUCAACACGCUUACAGAGGAACAGAGACAAUUACUUGACCUCGAAAUCAGAACAUUGCAUAUCACAUGGCUCGCAUAUCUUCACAAAGAGCUCACGAAACCGUACUUUUUGAAACUCAAGCGCUUUCUUCAAGUACAGAUGGGAAACAAGACCGUGUUUCCUCCACCCAAAAGCAUCUAUUCAUGGUCACACCUCACUCCAUUGCCUGACGUGAAAUGCCUCAUCUUAGGUCAGGAUCCAUAUCACAACUUCAACCAAGCCCACGGCCUUGCAUUUCUGGUUUUGGAGCCCACUAGGCCCCCACCAUCACUUUUGAAUAUCUACAAAACCCUCAAAAUCGACUUUCCACUGUUCCAGAUACCGGACUACAAGGAAUUGAGCAAACAGGGCAGGCCUGGUGGAGGAGACUUGACCAAGUGGGCCAAGAGAGGUGUUCUCAUGCUCAAUGCUUGUUUGACUGUCGAGGCUCACAAGGCCAAUAGUCACGCCAACCAGGGCUGGGAGAGUUUUACAGAAGAGGUUAUCAAGGUUGCGAUUAACUACGCAAAGAAAGAAAGAGGAAAGGGUUUUGUGAUCAUGGCGUGGGGCUCGCCAGCCCAGAAGAGGGUGGCCAAUUUCGGCGCCCAAUUGAACUCCUCAGAUGUCCCAUUUCUUGUCUUGAGGACAGUACAUCCCUCUCCGUUGUCGGCUUCAAGAGGAUUCUUCGAUCUGAAAGUGUUCAAAACCUGUAACGAGUGGCUCUCAAAGAACCUGCUCCGUCCAAUCGACUGGGGUUUAUUGGAAGGAAAUUCUGUCACUGACUCCAUGGCUGGCAGAAAAAACAACUCCGUCGACUACGCGGAGUCCAGUGAUAGUGAAGAUGAUAAACCUCAGAUCGAAGAACCCGUUGACAUUUCCUCGCUAAAUAAAGAGGAGCUAGAAAGACGCAACAGGUUUUUGCUUAACUGUGAUCCAAAAGUGGCUAAAGAGAAUGACGUUGACGAUUCAACGAAGAGAUUCAAGUAUUUGUUGGGUCUCACUGACCUUUUCAGAUAUUUCAUUGAUAUCAACAUGUCCAAGGAUCCCAAGUUCAAGAAGUUGAUUAAGCUGAUCGACGGACAAAUCAACUUCAAGCAGCCUGCAAAGAAGCCAAAGAAGGGCCGCAGAAAGACUGAAAAGGAGGAAGACGCUGAACUUCUUGAGGACGAAGAACAUAUGGGGGACGAUGCUGAACAAAGGACCGUUCUCACCGAAUCUCCCAACUACGUUAAGAGCGGAAAGUUGAGAGAGUACCAAAUACAGGGUCUCAACUGGCUUAUAUCGCUUUACGAGAAUAGACUCAGUGGUAUAUUGGCUGACGAAAUGGGCCUCGGUAAGACACUCCAGACGAUUUCUUUCUUGGGCUACCUUCGAUACAUAAAGAACAUUGAUGGGCCUUUCAUUGUUAUCGUGCCAAAAUCCACGCUUGAUAAUUGGAGACGUGAGUUUCAGAAAUGGACUCCAGAAGUCAAUGUCUUGGUUCUACAAGGUAACAAGGAAGAACGUCAAAAGAUCAUUAAAGAGAGGCUUCUCACUGCCAGAUUCGACGUUUUGAUCACAUCUUUUGAGAUGGUCAUCAGAGAAAAGGCUCAACUCAAGAAGUUCCGUUGGCAAUAUGUCGUCGUGGACGAAGCUCACAGAAUCAAGAAUGAGUCUAGUUCGCUCUCUCAGAUUAUUCGUUUAUUCUACUCCAAGAAUCGUCUUCUUAUCACAGGAACACCACUUCAGAAUAACUUGCACGAGCUUUGGGCCCUUCUUAAUUUCCUUCUACCCGAUGUUUUUGGAGACUCAAACGUGUUCGAUGAAUGGUUCAAUACCAACCAGGAAGAUUCGGAUGAGAAUGACCAAGACAAGGUAGUCCAACAACUUCAUAAGGUUUUGAGUCCCUUCCUUCUCAGACGUGUGAAGGCCGAUGUUGAAAAGUCGUUGUUACCCAAGAUAGAAACGAACGUUUACAUCGGAAUGACCAACAUGCAGAUUCAAUGGUACAAGAAGCUUCUCGAGAAGGAUAUUGAUGCUGUGAACGGUGUCGUUGGUAAAAGAGAAGGAAAAACGAGAUUGCUCAACAUUGUCAUGCAAUUGAGAAAGUGUUGUAACCAUCCUUACUUAUUCGACGGCGCUGAGCCAGGCCCUCCCUACACGACUGACGAACAUUUGGUUUUCAAUGCGGGCAAAAUGAUCAUUCUUGACAAGAUGUUGAAAAAGUUCAAAGCAGCCGGAUCUCGUGUCUUGAUCUUCUCACAAAUGUCGCGUUUACUAGACAUCUUGGAAGAUUAUUGUUUCUUCAGGGACUACGAGUACUGUCGAAUCGAUGGUUCUACUUCCCACGAAGACAGAAUUGAGGCAAUUGAUGACUAUAAUGCCCCCAAUUCCGACAAGUUUAUCUUCUUGUUGACUACAAGAGCUGGUGGAUUGGGAAUCAACUUAACAUCCGCUGAUAUCGUGGUCCUUUUUGAUUCUGACUGGAAUCCUCAGGCUGAUCUCCAAGCUAUGGAUAGAGCUCACAGAAUUGGUCAGAAGAAGCAAGUCCAGGUAUUCAGGUUCGUAACUGAAAACGCAAUCGAGGAGAAGGUCCUCGAUAGAGCUGCUCAAAAACUUAGACUCGAUCAAUUGGUCAUCCAACAAGGCAGACAGUCUUCAGGUAACAGUAUCGGUAACACAACUGACGAUUUGUUGGGCAUGAUUCAACAUGGUGCUAAAGAGGUCUUUGAAUCCAAAGGAUCCGCGAUGCUUGAUGACGACGUUGACGCCAUUUUGGCAAGGGGAAGAGAGAAAACAGCAACUCUCAACGCCAAGUUCAACAAGCUUGGGCUCGACGACCUUCAAAAUUUCACGUCGGAUGCUUCAGUCUACGAGUGGAACGGUGAAAACUUUGCCAAGCGUGGCAAUGAAGGCUUGGGCCUCUCAUGGAUCAAUCCUUCAAAACGUGAAAGAAAAGAACAAACUUACUCAGUCGACAGCUACUAUAAAGACAUGUUAAAAGCACCGGGUGGACUCAACAAACAAGGUGCGCCUGUCAAAAUGAGACAACCAAAGGUGUACCACUAUCAAGACCAUCAGUUCUUCCCAACUGAGCUUCGUGACCUUUUGGAGAGAGAACAGCUUGCGUACAAGAAGGCUACAAAUUAUCAGUAUUCUGCUGACGACUUUGGCGAUAGUGAUGAAGAAUUUUUGAAUGAAGAUGAUGAGAAUGAAGGACUCGAGCGAGAGGAGAGAUUGGCACUCGAGCAAAAGCGAAUUGCGGAAGCUGAACCACUCACAGAGGAAGAACUCGAGCUAAAAGAAAAGCUCUUAGAGGAAAGUUUCCACUCCUGGUCCAGAAGAGAUUUUACCAAUUUUAUUCACUCAUCAGCUCGUUACGGAAGACACAAUUACAAAGACAUUGCAAAUUCUCUCUCCAGGGACGUCGAGGAGAUUGAAAGGUAUGCAAAGAAAUUUUGGGAUUGCCACAAGGAAAUUGAAGGACAUGAGAAGUAUGUUGCACAGAUAGAAGCAAGUGAACGAAAGGCUUCUAAAAUGCAAAAUCAGCAACGAAUUCUCGCUAGCAAGAUCGAAGAAGCUGAAGACCCUCUUGAAGAGCUCAAAAUUCAGUAUCCUCCGAACAACUCGAAGCGCAUCUACUCAAAACUCGAAGACAGGUUCAUCCUUUUCUGUGUCAACAAGCAUGGGAUCUUUUCUGACAGGCUAGGAGAAAAGAUCAAGGAGGAAAUCCAAGAAAGUGAUCUUUUCAAGUUCGAUUUCUACAUGCUCUCUAGAACGCCACAGGAAAUAAGCAGAAGAGUGAAUACUUUGAUGCUUGCACUUGCUCGUGAGAACGAUGGUGGUCUGGGAAAGAAAAAAGGAAAGCAAGCCAGCAGUACACCAAACGGUGCCUUGAAGCAGGCUUCAGUUGACCCUCUCUCGGAUGAAGGUCAUGUUAAUGGCAACGGAAGCGCCAAAAAGAGAAAACAGGUUGAUCAGACAGCUGAAGAAGUGAAAAAGAUCAAAACUGAGAGUGAAAAUUGA